AUGAAUACACUGCCCGCUCACCCCGCCAUUACGAUUCUCGGUGACAAGGAGAUUGGCAUCCGAAUUGUCAACGGCACAGAUAUGACUACGCUCCUCCAAGUCUUGCCUCACUACGAGGCUCAUGUCACAAAGAUGGCAAUCGAAAUUCACACCCCUACACCUCACUUUGAGGUUCGUGAAAAGGUCGUCAAUCGACUCGAAAAGAUGAAGACCUUCUAUGCCAUCAUCAACAAGUUUAGAUGGACCUAUCUUGAUGUCAACAUGUACCUUGACACCUAUAACUUUCCUCAAAUGAAGUUGGCUGCAGGCUUGUGGGGCUUGACGCGCAAGAACUGGAAGCUAACCUACGAGCUCCGCGGAUUCGAAGGUGACUACGUAAAAGUCACUGAUUAUUCUGAGUUCGGCCGUAGAUUGUCGGGUGUCUACAAGACUGAGUUUCUAAAUCAACCAAAGUCGCCUCGAUCAAAGCCGGCCCAACCGAAAUUGGCUCACUCCCAACCAAAGUAG